AUGGUCAAACUGUUUUGGAAAAGGAUGGACGAGGCAGCGGAGGGAGUAGGAGUGGGAGGGGGUGCCGGACACGAGGGAGGAGGCGAGGGGGCGCCACGCGUCGUGUUUGAGUACAGCUACGAGGAGGAGGAGGAGAUCGAGGAGGAUACAUUGAGACAAGCUCAGCACGGGGAUGUCGAAGAGCAGGAGGGCGGAGCGGCUGGGCAGGAUUUUGGGAUAGGAGUGCAGCAGCAGGAGGGCGGGGCGGCUGCGCAGGAGGGUGGGGUCGGAGGGCAGCAGCAGGAGGGCGUAGUGGCUGCGCAGGAGGGUGGAGCGGGAGGGCAGGAGCAGGAGGGGGAGGCUGCGCAGGAGCGACUCGUCGCAGUAAGAAGGAGACACCGCACGGCCAGUGGCAGCAGACAGGCGGGCCCUUCGACGGCAGGCCAUACGACGUCGGCCAUUGCAUCCGGAGGCCAGGUUUGCGGCGAUGCCGUAAACGGUGUCAUGGAGGAGAGGAAGCUGUUGGAAGGGGCACGCUCGAAGCUCGACAAGAUGAGCGGGAAAAUCAUCGAGGGGGUGGCAGCCGCCAUCACAAAAGCGAGCGAGGACGCCGUCGAGAAGCAGCUCAAGCUUGUCGAGGAGCGGCUGGUUGCUUCGGUCGUGAAGGGUAUUGAGAAAGCCGUCAAGGAGGACUUGUUCUACUCCACCCUCCCGCCCGAGAGCAUGAAGGAGCUGAAGGACGUUGGCCUCGGGAAAAAGGGUGGGAAAGGAGUGGUUGUGGGGGAGAAAAGUGGUGCCCCAAUCGGCCAGGUCGCCUCAGCCGGGAAAGGAGCCGUGGAAAAGCGAGGUGCCCCUACCCCGUCCAGCGGCGCUGCGGGGAAAGGAGCGGGGGAGAAACGGGGUGAUCCCAGCCAGGUCGCCGUCGUUGCUGGGUUGCUGUCGAAGACAAAGGCCGACUCCGCUGCGCAGCUCGGCAUCGCUGGCCGUCCUGUCGAGCCUCCGACGAAGCGGGCUGCAGAGGCAACAGAGAGCAGUGACGCCGAGAAGGCGUCUACCGUCGUUGCUGCUCGACACGAAAAGUCGAAGAAGCCCAAGGUGAUCGGCUACGCCCCACUUCCUCCGCCGGAUGACCAAGGCAAGACGAGAGGCUGCAAAGCUCCCUUCAAAGGACCGGGCAUGAUGUCGCGCAAGGGGAAGCCGGUUUCCGAGCAGACCGUAGGCUCGAGGAAGCGGUUCCUGGGCACUUUUGAGACGGAGGCGGACCAGAAGUUUUGUACGGCCAUCUGCUGGCGCGUGUACUUCCCCGACAUAAACCUCAAGGAGUACGAGGGGUUCACGGCGCAGGAUGAGAAGGACUGGAAGGUCUAUCUCGAUGCAGCAGCGCGUAUGCCCACCGGCGUUUGGAGCGUGACGCAAGAACAAGGGGAAUGUCGUUUCGACGAGUGA